GCGCGCCGCCUCACCUCCCCUCGCCUUGCCUGGCCGCUCGCCGCCGCGGAGGGGCGGCGCUGCCUCUCCGCACUCCCCCGCCCGGCGCCCCCGUUCCGACUCCGGGAAGGGCGCGGGGAGCCCCCCACGCUCCCCUUCGGCGCGGCGGCGGAGUUUGAGGCGGUGGCGGCUCGGGUGCGAUGCCGUGUUAACAGGCGGCCCGCCCCUCGAGGUAACGCCGGCGGGAAGGGGUGCGAGUUGCCGGGGCUGUGGCUUGGCACCAUGGGCACCGGGCUGGGGGUCGCGGCGGGCAGGCUCCCUGCGCUCUCCGGCUGAGCCCGGGGAUGUGCCGGCGUCCUGUGGAAAUAUUCUGGGAAUAGCGCGGAGCGGUCCGAAGAGGACGAGCGGCACAGCGAUUGACCAGCUGAGAGGAGGUCGCCCGGCGGUGCUGUACAGCCAAACAACUAUCACUUGCUGUGUCAUAGCACAUGGAUUUCAGGACCACCUGUGAAGAGACAAAGACAGGGAUUUGUUUGCUGCAGGAUGGUAACCAGGAGCCUUUCAAAGUGCGACUGCACUUAGCCAAAGAUAUUUUGAUGAUCCAGGAGCAGGAUGUGAUCUGUGUGUCUGGUGAGCCUUUCUAUUCUGGUGAAAGAACAGUAACAAUUAGAAGACAGACUGUAGGAGGAUUUGGAUUAAGUAUAAAGGGUGGAGCAGAACAUAAUAUUCCAGUGGUCAUUUCUAAGAUUUCCAAAGAACAAAGAGCGGAACUUUCAGGUUUGCUCUUUAUAGGAGAUGCAAUUCUACAGAUUAAUGGAAUUAAUGUGAGAAAAUGCAGGCAUGAAGAAGUGGUUCAGGUCCUUCGUAAUGCUGGGGAAGAAGUGACCCUAACUGUGUCCUUUCUGAAAAGAGCACCUGCUUUUCUCAAACUGCCUCUGAAUGAAGACUGUGCAUGUGCCCCCAGUGACCAAAGCAGUGGCACAUCCUCUCCUCUGUGUGACAGUGGUUUGCAUCUCAACUACCAUCCCAACAACACGGAUACAUUAUCUUGUUCCUCAUGGCCAGCAUCGCCAGGACUCAGGUGGGAGAAAAGGUGGUGUGAUCUCCGACUGAUUCCACUUCUUCAUUCGCGGUUUUCCCAGUACCUUCCAGGAUCAGACUUGUGCAGGCAAAAUGCGUUCCAAGUAAUUGCUGUGGAUGGGGUUUGCAGUGGAAUAAUUCAGUGUCUCUCUGCUGAAGACUGUAUUGACUGGCUACAAGCAAUAGCAAGUAAUAUUUCCAACCUCACAAAGCACAAUAUUAAAAAAAUCAACAGGAACUUUCCCGUAAACCAGCAGAUAGUCUACAUGGGCUGGACAGAAGAACGGGAACAAGACUCCCUCCAGGAUCGAAUGUACACACCAAAGUUUCUAGCGCUGAGGGGAUCAUCCCUAUAUAAAUUCUUAGCACCUCCAGUCACAACCUGGGAUUGGACACGAGCUGAGAAAACAUUUUCAGUUUAUGAGAUAAUGUGCAAAAUUCUCAAGGACAGUGAUCUGCUGGACCGGCGGAAACAUUGCUUCAGCGUCCAGUCUGAAUCUGGGGAAGAUCUUUACUUCUCUGUGGAGCUAGAAUCUGACCUAACACUAUGGGAAAAAGCCUUCCAAACAGCAACUUUUUUAGAAGUUGAACGGAUACAGUGCAAGACAUACGCCUGUGUUUUGGAGAGUCAUCUUAUGGGACUUACCAUCGACUUCAGCAUGGGCUUUGUCUGUUUUGAUGCUGCCACAAAGGCUGUCCUUUGGAGGUACAAGUUUUCCCAGCUCAAAGGCUCCUCAGAUGAUGGCAAGAGCAAAAUCAAAUUUCUGUUCCAAAACCAAGAUACUAAACAAAUUGAAGCAAAGGAGCUGGAAUUUUCCAACCUGUUUGCUGUCCUUCAUUGUAUCCACUCAUUCUUUGCAGCCAAAGUGGCUUGUUUGGACCCUUUGUAUGUUGGCAGUCAAGCCACAGCUUCUGCUGCUCCCACAACCUCUGGUACUGGCAAAUUAAAGUAUACUACUUGACAUCUCACAUUGCAGCACUGCCACUUAACAACAAGACAUAAAGAUGUAUAAAUAUUCAUAAGAUGUUGACCUUUGGUGAACCAUGUACAUGGAAACCAAUCCUGGAGGCAAGACAUCUUGCAGCAUCAGCAGAUAAAUGGUCACGUGGGAUCAUCAAUUCAUCUCUGUUCUGCAAGGCAUCAGUAAAUAAUCCUAGUCAACCCCCUCAGAAUAGGAUGGAUAUGCUUUUAGUAUGAUCUAUUUGUACUUACAUAGUGCUUUACAGCAACACUGGAAGCAAAGGAAUAAAUGACAAGAUGAAGCACUUCAGUAUUUAAUACAAUUUUCCAAUUGCUGUAAUAAUAAACAAAUAGAAUUGUCAUUUCCCUGUUUUCAGAUGUUUUUAAUGACAAUAUACUAAACUCUUGGGUAUGAACUUAAUACCUUAUCAUAUUAUAAAUGGCAUAAGAGCAAGCAACAAGCGUAUAGUACAUGAUGACAAGGAGAUAAGCAUGAAAAGGCAUUUGUGUAAGUAUCUCCUCAAAUAAGAAAGCACUUUAAGCACUGCUGUAAAUCCAUACUUGUGUCAUACAUGGAGUCAUGCUACUUUUUCUAUUCUGUUCUUUUAGCCUAUUAAUAACAGCAACAGAGAUAGAGCCAUAUUGGAUACAUACAUUAUAAAACAGGCCACAAAGCAAAACAUCCUUCUGUGAGUUAAGUCCCUCUUCUUCAGGUAAAAAUAAUGUGCUAUGAAUUUUGUUUUGAUUACAGAGUAAGUAUAAAAUACCAUGUCUGCUACCUACUUCCUCCCUCUAUUUUUGUCAAGAAUUAAAUUCUGUAGAUCUAAUACCUUUUUGUCCACAAGUCUUAGCUGCUGAAUUUGUUUCAGAGACAAUCCACUUAAAAAUAUAUUGCUUCUGUGUUUAACCUUGAUUUCACUUCACAAGCAGAACCUCUAUUCCACUCAGGCUUUCAGCAAAACAGAUGUUCUACAUUAUGCUUGAAAAAUGAGCUCACCCUUUAAAUUCUUGAUAAUUUCUCUUUUUGUUGUUUGUAUUGUUAGUAAAAGACAGGAGUAAAUUAACCUGGAAAGAGUAGGUGACAGAAUGCCUAACAUCUUUGUAUACAUCACUCCGGACCGCAUGUGAGACCCAGAGUAUCCUUACAAUCUGAAGGAGUUGUAAAUUUAAUAUUAAUAACUUUAUUUAAAGAUCACUUUGCAAAAUAAUUUUAUGCUAUUAUGCACACCAGUGAACAUGGAAAAAUGGUGGGAGGGUGUGUGGGAUAGCUGAAACAAUAGAAAAGGUGGGAGUGGGUGGUUUUGACAGUACAAGGGAACCUAAAAAACUGCAGGAAGAGCAGUUAGUGCAGCUAGAGUGUGUGUUUACCACUUCAGACAGUAAUUCCUGGGCUUUCUCUUUAUUACAAUGAAAUUGAAAUUUCCUCUUUUUAUAUUUGUUAUUUUUUUUUUUCAACUUAGGCUUGCUAUAAAAACACAGAGCAGGUUAUGGACACCACCUUGCUUGUUCAGCAGAAAGUUUAGUUCUAUCACAUCCCUUUCUACAUACUAAGGUAAUUAAAGCUUCAAAAUUGAAGGCAGAGGAAGGCAAAAUGAGAACAACUCAAAAUGUAAGGCAGGAACAAAAGAGGAAUGAACUGUAGGGGCAAAUUGUGUCUUGUUUAUUUUGCUUUGCAUUAGAUGUAUUUGGAUUUAUGUGUGUGAGAGUAUCCUUGCCUUGAUAUAUAGCUGAAUUUGAUACUAGUUCCAAAUAAUCUGAAUAUAUAAUUCCUGGGGACCCUUUUAUUACUUCCAAAUGUAUUUCAGUACAUGAUUACUUCUUAUUAGUACACUCCAAGUGUUACACAGCUAGUUUUCAUGCUGAAUACUAUGGAAUGAUGUCAUAGUCCAGCAAUGAAAUGCUUUAAGUGUCAUCAAAAUCCAACAUUUUCGUAGUCAUCAUUGUGUAUUUGUUUAUCUGAAUUGUCCCUAAAUAAAUGGGUCACAUCCUGGUCUGUGAAUAACACUUAAAACUAGCAUGGUUGUCCAUGGGAUCUUGAGUUUGUCCCUGAGAGACCACAAACCCAGUGUCUUGGAUCCAAGACUACAAUAGUCUGAAGGUUGUAAUGAUGCUAAUUCAGGCACUGUCCCUGUCCAGAAAGCAUGUCAGAGCACUGACAACACUGAGCCCAGAGGCCUGCUCUCUUAACAGCAGCUCUCCUACUUAGCGCUCCAAAGUCACCUCUUUCCUUUCCAUGGGUGGCUGUGGCAUUCAGUCACCACAGCACUGGCAGGUGCUAACACCUCAGUAAAUGCUGCUGGUGAUGUCAGGACCUAAACCCAGUCAACUGCCUGAUAGUUCUUUUUCCUUUAUCUGUUCAUGUUAUCUGCACAGUUGUAUCACUGAAACUGAGCCUUGCUGAAGGGAUUUUGUUUCAUGUGCUUAAAUGAACAUAACAUUCACCCAAAGCAGCAGAAAUUGCCAUUGCAAACUGCUGUAUGUGAAGGGAUUCUGUGGUGUGAAAGCCUCCCCACUCCCCAUUUGAUUUUUUUUCCCUGUUGUUUUAGAAUGCUCCUCAUGCAGAAGGUGAAUUUUUUGGGACUCUACCAGAGUAUCCUAAAGAUCUCUGCCAAGCAUUCUGUUUGUAGAACUGUUGUAUUCAUCAGAUAAGUAGCUGGGCAUUAAAUGCACAACAUUUAAGAGGCAAACAGCCUGUAAAUUGAUGUUUGUUUUGUUGGCUGUUUUUUUUUCCCCUGGAAAUCUAUACUUCUAAAAGAUAAACUGAUGGGGCUUAAUCAAUACUUCCAUUUUCAAGAAGAUAAAAAUGAGGUUGUGAGCAUACAAACUGCUGUAGCCUUGCCUGCAUGGCAGUGUUGAUGGUCAAUGCAGCAGGGCUUGUGGCACUGACCCCACAGGACAUUCAGAGGUGAGACUGCACCCAGCCUCACACUUCUAGAGCAAGCCGACCAGAAAUUCAGUCUUGAACCAAAGAGGGAGAAAAUGUCAAGCUCUGUGCUAAAACUAACCCUGAAAUAGCAAAAUAUACUUUCCAAACAUACUAAAUGGUUGGAUUUUUCAGUUAAAUACCUACAGGAGAUUCCUAUUCCAAGCAUAGUGCCAACUCCCAGCCUUUAUGUUUCAUUUCACUUACAAUAUAUAACAAAUGCAAGGGUUUUGUAAGUCAACACAGCCCAGUAACAAUGAAAAAAAGAAAGAGAUCUAAUGAGCUAUCAGCUUGGGCUAAAAAUGUGUAUGUAAAAUAAAAAGAGCUACCAACACAUGGCAUAAAAAGGAAUUUGCUUCCUGUCACAAUACUCUUUUCAUUAAAAUAAAUCUUUAAAUUCUC